AUGCCAGCUAAAGAAGAUUGGGAAAAGUUCAAAAAUCCAGACAAAAGUGCUGAUGACGAGGUGCAGGAAAAGGAAGUGAAGCCAUUAAGUGAAGGAGAUAUUCAGGUCUUGAAAACUUAUGGAGCGGCACCAUACAGGGAUUCUAUAAAGAAAGUGGAGAAAGAUCUUAAAAUUGUUGAAGGAAGAAUAAAAGAAAAGAUGGGUGUGGAAGAAAGUGAUACGGGUUUAGCAGCUCCUAAUUUAUGGGAUGUUGCUGGUGACAGAAGAAGAAUGAAUGAAGAGCAGCCACUUCAAGUUGCCAGGUGUACCAAAAUUAUACAAUCGGGUGAUUCUGUCGAAAAUUCUAGUAGUCAGGUGAACGGAAACGAUGAGGAAAAUGAAGAUUCAGAAAUGAACGACGAACCAGAUGAAAAAUCUAAAUACGUGAUCAACAUCAAGCAAAUCGCAAAAUUUGUUGUGGGGUUAGGUGAAAGGGUGUCGCCGACAGAUAUCGAAGAAGGAAUGAGAGUGGGUGUGGAUAGACAAAAAUACCAUAUAGAGCUUCCUCUUCCACCACGAAUCGAUCCCACGGUUACCAUGAUGACCGUCGAAGAAAAACCAGAUGUCACAUAUAGUGAUAUUGGUGGAUGCAAAGAGCAGAUAGAGAAACUAAGGGAGGUUGUUGAACUGCCUUUGCUAUCCCCAGAAAGAUUUGCGAAGUUGGGAAUUGAUCCUCCAAAGGGAAUUCUCUUGUAUGGCCCACCCGGAACAGGAAAGACGCUUUGUGCCAGAGCAGUCGCAAACAGAACGGAAGCCACGUUCAUUCGUGUUAUCGGUUCGGAGCUUGUUCAGAAAUAUGUCGGAGAAGGUGCAAGGAUGGUCAGGGAGUUGUUUGAGAUGGCCAGAAGGAAAAAGGCUUGUAUUAUCUUUUUUGAUGAGGUUGAUGCAAUCGGUGGAGCACGUUUUGAUGAUGGUGCCGGUGGAGAUAACGAAGUGCAACGUACUAUGUUAGAAUUGAUUACACAAUUGGAUGGCUUUGACCCUAGAGGAAACAUUAAAGUUAUGUUCGCAACAAACAGACCAAACGUUUUGGAUCCAGCAUUGCUUCGGCCUGGAAGAAUUGACAGAAAGGUUGAGUUUUCACUUCCAGAUUUGGAUGGAAGAGCAAACAUUCUGAGAAUCCAUGCUAAGCCAAUGUCGUGCGAAAGAAAUAUACGUUGGGAGUUAAUUUCUAGAAUGUGUCCAAAUGCAACGGGUGCUGAACUUAGAUCUGUGUGUACAGAGGCUGGAAUGUUUGCCAUCCGUGCAAGAAGAAAAGUUGCCACAGAAAAGGACUUCUUGAAUGCCGUGGAGAAGGUUAUCAAAGGUAAUAUGAAGUUUAGCUCAACAAGUAGGUACAUGCAGUACAAUUGA